AUGCAGGGUUAUGAUGUAGUGAUCUAUGGGGACUCAAUCUCAGAGAACUGGAGGGGGACAUCCGGUGGCCUGCCCUACAUUCGCAAGGAUAACACCUCCAGCCGGCCAGACCCCAACUUUGUUGCAGCCGACAUGCGCGCAGCUUUCCUUGAGACACUCGGACAACGGUUGCUGAAUGGGCAAACACCCAAAGUGGACCCCAAGGUUGCCGUUGUGCUGAUCGGGACAAAUGACCUGUACGCAGCCACACAGUGCGCAGCGCAGGACGAAGACCAGCUGAAAAGCGCAGUCAAGACCAUUGUGACAGGGUUCCAGCAGCUGCUGGCGGCCAUGAGGCAGGGCAUGCCCAGCACGCAUAUCGUGGUGCAGGCAUUGUACCCUCGCGGCGAAGACAUGGAGGACAACAUGUUUGAGCUGACUCGGAGCGAUCCCUUCAUGCACUACAUCUCCUGCGGAGAGGAAUUUGUCACUCCAACCUCUGACGCCAUUGUCAAGGAGUAUCUUCCGGAUGGGCUGCACCCCAAUGCAGAGGGGCUCAGACUAAUUGCUGAGUGCCUGACACCUCUGCUGCAAAAGCUCACAUCUUCCAACGCGACAACCAAUGCAAUUCAGCCUGCACAGAACCGGGUAGACUUGGAAGCGUCAGCUUCUGAGUUGUGGUAG